UCAUUACUAGGAAAUAACUCUCUCAGAACACACCCAGCCCAGUGCUGAGCCAGAAUGGAACGGGCGCUCACUUUGUGCUGUGUUUUUGCCUUUCUCAGAGUGACAGCUUCUAUUAAAGAUGAUAUAGCUUGCUACGGAACUGAGCCUUAUGAAAGUUAUAUAAUGUGUUCUGAGGCAACAGUCUGCAUGACGGUGUUUACUAAAGUUGGAAGCACCGUUAAAGUCACAGAUAAAAUUUGUGGAAAAAGGGAGCAAUGUGACCAAUCGUUCAGCCAACUUGUGCGGGGCAAAAAGGAAACAAACUUUACAUCUUGCUGUGACUCAGACAUGUGUGUACCUGAGGAUAACGUUUACAGAAAUGGAAUAAUGUGCCCAUUCUGCACUAAGGAAGGAUCCACAAACUGUACCACUGCUGAUUACGAGUGCAUGGGAACAGCAAACAUGUGUUUUACCUACACUGUUCCAGGACCAAAAGGGAGAAUUAUUCGUGGGUGUGGGUCAAAAGAACUUUGUGGGGACCCCAGGGAUUCAUUUGUAACAUUUGACGAUGACGGUGGGAAAAUACAAUGCACCAAAAAGUCUCCUGAGCCCAGUCGCUAAGGUUCUGGAAGUGAAAGUACAGGAGCAAUGGUAGAGCCAGCGAUGCAAGCUUUGGCAAUAUAAGGAGUACACGUUGGGGAAAAGGAGUCUGUUGGUGGUGGUAUAGGAUCCGUUAUCUGGAAACCCCUUAUCCAGAAUGUUUUGAACUACAGGAAGGUCAUAUUGUAAUUAAAU